CAACAAGCCGGCUCCUGCUAGGCUACGGGGCGGGGGUGGGACCAUGGCGGGUCGGACCCUAGCUCGGCGCUCCGGUCCCCCACGGUCCCCCAUCUCUGGGACAGAGGUGCCUGGAUCCCAGCCCAGCUGGCAUCUCACCAGCAGUGGCGUCGCCCACCACUGUAUCCCGCCCGUGCCCUUUCCCCCGCCCACUGUGCAGUCCACGGUCGCGGAGCCCCUGCCCCCGGCCGCAAAGCAGGAUUUGCGUGUUUGGGCUUUCGACGAGGUCACAAGCAGAUGGGAGACAACCUCGGGCUCGGCCCACGUGCCCAAGACCCACGGCGGGCCCUACGCGCAGCCCAAGGCCCCAGAACCUGCGGAUCGCUCGCGGACUGUGGGGAUCAAGGAUGUAGCGGAAAAACUCAGACACCGCGGCUGGCGCCUCCCUCUGAUCACAAAGCACCAGUGCAGUGAGACGAGGGCUCAGUACACCGGCUGGCCCAGCCUGGACCGGGGCGCCACCUCCUUCAUCGGGCCCCAGCCCCUGGAGCUUGCGGACCACAACCGAGGGGGCCCUUCCCAGGCUCUAAUCCCCUGGACGAAGAACCCCGAGUUGGCCGGCCGGCCUUUCACUGUUUCUGACCAGGGCAUCCUGGACCGCCAUCAGCUCUAUCUGACCACUUCGGCCCGGGACUUCCAGGCCUAUUCGAAGAAGGAGUUGUCAGGCUACCCUCGCAAGGACUCGGUGACCUCCUGGAGCUUCGGGGAGACGCCCCAGGCCUGGGGCCACGGCCCGAAGCAGCCGCCCGGUCCGUGCUCCUCUCGGCCACUCCGGCCGCCGAAAAUCCGCGUGCCCCGCGCCCGUCCGGUGAUGCCAGUCGUGCCGCACCGCGGGGCGCUGUCUCUGGCUCAAGAAUCCUACGGCCCCCCGCUGCACCCACUCCGCCGGCUCGACCGUUUCUGCCCGCUGGAGCUGCCCUGGGGCGGCCCCCACUGGAAACCCGAGUCAGGCAUCUACAGCGUGCCACAAGCCUACAGCACCGAGAACUCCAACUACAGCAGCUUAAAGCCGGCGCUGGUCUGAGCCAGACGGGCCAGCCCCGCCCUGGACACGCCCCCCAAGCGGGGACAGUGCCGAGACUGGAAGACUGGGACUAGGGGUACACUGGGUGGGGCUAAGACGGGAACCCCGCCCCCCAUCUGGGGGCGGGGCAGAGCGUGGACCGUGGGCGGGGCGAAUCUAACACUUCCAUUCAAUCGCGGGGGCGGGACUGAGCCUGGAAAAUGUACCUUGAGGCUGUGGGCUAGAGGGUGGGACACACCCUCUGCGGCGGAAAGGGCAGAGCUUAUCUCAGUCAACAACAGAGUUAAAUAGCCUAAACCACGCUCUUUGCUGGGUUCGGUUCCGGCAUCCUGGUUUCUGGGGGCCUGAGUGUGGGGCAGGUGGGAUUCCCGCUGAAUCCCUGGUGGAGGGGCGGAGCGUCUGGGUGGACACCCCCACCUCUGGUGACAGAAUCCAACAUCGAAGCCACAUCCCUCCUAAGAAGUCGGAUUCAGUCUACGGCAGGUGGAGCAGGGUUGAGGCUUCAGCCUAUCACCACUGGAGGGUUGUCAGACGGGCGGGCGGCGCUCCAGCCUCUGGCGGGCUCCCCUCAGGGUGGGUAGAGGGGGGUCCACAAGGCAAGGGGCACAACUGCGGCCUCCUAUACCCUAUUUCUUGUGCUCCCACCACGGCCUCCCUAGCACCUGGGGACUGAGUCUGUGAAGUCCGCUUCACCUUGGGCGUCUUCUGCUUCUUGGCGCGGAAGCCACUCAGGGAGUGGGGGGAGGGGGGCGCCACUGGGCCAUUCCUGCAUCUCCCCGACCUUGUCUGCCUCUCGCCCCCGGGGAGAUUAGUGUCCUGGUUACCCCACCAUGCUGCCGCCCCCAGUGGCCUUGCCGCCCCCACAGCCCGCAGCUAUAAGACCAGGUAAACGCAGCAGGGGAGACACCAAGGAUGGAGAUGCUCCAGGUAAGACCGCAGGGCCCCUGGGCCCCAUGCGACUACAUCCAGGCCACGGCUGGAAGGAAGAGGGAGAGUCCUGUGACCUGGCAAAGGAGGCCUCUUUCUAGAAGGGUGUGGAGAGCCAGCAAGCUUCCUGGCAGGAGGAGGGAAGCAGCUGGUGCAGGGCCUGAGGGUGGGUAUCUGAAGUGCUGGGGUAUCUGGGGUCCCUGGGUAUGGGGAUGGGAGAUUCUUGAAUGGAAG